AUGGAUUAUCAAGAUCAAAACACCCAUCAUCACACCCAAGCCAUACGAGUACCCAGAUCGCCCAUCUUAGCUCAACAACAAGAAAACACUCCUUCAUCCUUGGCACCAUCCAUAUCAUUGACAACAGGUUCAACGACCACGAGAAGCAGGAGAUAUCCUUCACCUAUACCUUCACCAUCAGCUUCCCCUCCUUUACCUCCUUUCCAACCCGAUUCACCCGUUCGUCAAGGUCCUAACCGCUUCCCACUCUCGUUGUUACCUUCGAGAAUCAUGAGGGUAUCAAGGAACAAUGCGAAGACAUACCUCAACCUCUCAAUAGCAUUCAACAUCCUGCUGUUGAUAGCGAUUUUCUUGCCCACCGAACAUGCCCAUGGAAUCAUAGGUGACAAAGCGUGGAAUAAGAUUGAGAAGUAUGGCUUGUUAAGGAAUCAAUGGCCUUCUUCCUCCGACGGCGGAUCUGGACUGGGGUUGGAUCCAGUGUCGACGAGGAGUUGUUCGAUGUGUAGUGUCAGUCCAGAGUUCUGCGAGGAGUUUGGCGAAGAUAACCUGAUGAAAGCCCUAGGAUAUACAGGAACCAACAACCGACUCCGUAGAGCAUUAGCUAAGAUGAGGAGCGGUCAACCAUUCACAGUGGGAGUUAUCGGUGGAUCAGUGUCAAAAGGACACGGUCUGGAUGCACCCGACGGCGAUAAUCCACACACCCCGCGGAACCUCAACCGAAGGGUAUUCGAUCACCUGGACGAACUCUUCCCAGCUACGGGUGGGAUUCAGACUGGUUCGAGUGGGAAGGGAGAGAAUAAGAAUAGUUUUAUCAACGGUGCGCAGGGGGGUAUGGGUACCGAUUACUUCUCGCUAUGUUUCAACGAACAUAUACCCGAAGAUGUAGACUUGGUACUCAUCGAAUUAGCGAUCAACGAUGAAGUCUUGAUAAGGAAUAUGAAUACUUACGAACUGCUUGUUCGAGGUCUUUAUGACUUGCCUAACAAGCCUGCCGUUUUGAAUCUUCAAGUGUUUGCUUUGAUGUUCCAAUAUGUUGCGAAUGGUGGUGACCUGCACAACGGUGUGGCUCAAUAUUACGAUGUACCGACAGUGUCCAUCCGAAAUCCUGUCCUACCCCAGGUCUUGCAAAAUACCACACUGGUCCGACACCUGUUCCAUAACAGGGUGAAAAAACUUGAAUGGACUGAUCCGUUGGAAGAGAUUGAUCUGAGGCAUUUAUCAUGGCAAGGGCACGAACUCAUGGGUAAACUUGCGUCCGCAUACAUAGAUACUCAACUUUGUGAGAUGGAUAAGAUAGAAUCUGGAUUAGGUGAUUUGGAACAGUUGAAUUACGAGAAAUUAUAUCCUAUUGAACCUUUACCAAGGGCCCCGCUAAUGCAAAAAUACAACCCUACAUCCAACUUACCCAAAUUAUCACCUCAAUGUUACUCUGCCAACGCCGUCAAACAUCCUCUCAAACCAUCUCAACAAAAUGGAUGGCGACACUGGAAUUGGAAAGAGAAACAUUACUUGAUCGCCGAUGAACCAGGAUCCAAAGUAUCUUUCCCCAUCUCAACGACGUUGGGUCAAGUGCAAUUACAUUAUUUGAGAUCAUAUCAAUAUAAUUUGGGUUCUGCGAAAUGUUGGAUAGAUAAUGAGACGGAUAAAGCGAUGAGGUUGGAUGGGUAUUGGAAGGAACCUUAUAACAUUGGAAGAGCCGCUACUAUUCGUGACGAUCUCAAACCGGGAGACCACGUCCUCCAUUGUGAAUUAUUGAAGGAGACUGCCGAUCCCACGGGCGGGAAGGAAUUCCGUAUCAUUUCAGUGAUGAGGUGA